AUGCUUGCUGGGCUCAGAAUCAGCAGGCACCUGUUACAGACAGGCCUCAGGAUAGUGGCGGCGGAGACUUGCCUGCGUGUGGCUAGGGCUAACGUCAAGGAAUACAGCGAGCAUUAUGUAUUAAGUGUUCGAGGUAACAAAUACGGCCAUAUGAGAGCAAACUUAACAGCGAAGGAUCUCUCCUGGAUGAGGGCUGCAGGUAGGAGACUAUUGGGCGCCAUGUCAAAAGUAAUAGCGGAACAAUUGCACAGACUACCGCUUCCUAUAAGUCUCGCCCUAACCCGGACUAGGGCUAGGUACGUAUAG